AUAUUUUAUCUUGUUUGAGAACAGUACUGACAAACAGGUUAUUCGCUAGCGAUCGAAUCCAAACUAAGCUAUUAAUGUGAAUAAAAUCGCCCGAAAAAUGGGGCGAAGCGCGAAUAAAUUAAUUUACUGCAAAUAUUUUAUAUUAAUAUUGUUGUUUAGUGUUGUUAACGCCGAGGAUGUCACCGUUAGUGACGUUGGAAAUACCGUUUUUAAGAAAAUAGACGACGUAGAGAUAUUAGCUCCGCUCGUAGGUCCGGGUAGGGCGUCUGACGAUGAAAAACCAGCUGCCGAAGAAGAAGAAACAGAUGACGAUACCGAUGAAAAUCCAACUUAUGAUGUAGAUAAAAACCCUUCUGUGGUAGGUUUAGACAAUAGACAAACUAACUCUUCUGGGUGGACCCAUCAGACAGUUAACAAACUAGGAAAAUAUACCAGCUAUUAUGGCGCUGAUUAUGAUCCCAUGACAUCCGAUAUCGCGCCUCCGGAUACUGACCAACGAGGCGGAACUCCGUAUACCAUAACCGCAGCUAGAUUAGCCGAAAUUCGUAAACAUUUCAUGUAUCCAUUCUACGAUAAAGGCGGUAACUCUGAUAAUACCGGUGAUUACCAAAAGGAUAUUCAAACAUCGAAUAUUCAACUCCAAAAGAUUCUGAAUUUCCAAGUUCCUUUCUUCGGAUUCAGAUUUAACUACACUAGGAUAUCGGUUAAUGGAUAUUUGGAGUUCAGCGAUCCACCUCCAAAUUAUGAUUAUCCUUUGGUAUUUCCUGUUAAAGACUGGCCGAAAAGAAAUGAUCCAUCUUUCAUUGGUAUUUUUUUCAGUAAAAGCACGAUCGGUAACAUUCGUGAUACAGACAUUGAUCAAAGACUUCCGGGGGUCUAUUUUAGAAUGGAGAAAGAUCUUAGAGGUAGACACGAUAGAUUAGGUGUUGAAAUAAGGGAGAGACUCAAAUGGGAUAUUAGAGAAGGUGUCAUCGGGGCGACUACUUUUGAUCCAAAACACGCCAUAAUUGCCACAUGGAAAAAUAUAACCUUCGCGGGAGGUUUCGCUAAUGCUAAAUAUAAGACGAAUACGUAUCAAAUGGUAAUAGCAACCGAUGAAGUCUUCACCUACGCCAUUUUUAAUUAUCUCAAUUUGGAUUGGACAAGUUCCACCGAAGCUGGAGGUGAUUCGCGAAACGGUGAAGGCGGUACCAACGCAUUCGUAGGAUUCAACGCGGGAAACGGUACUAGAAGUUACGAAUACAAACCUUACAGUCAAGAAUCCGUCAUCAGAGAUUUGACUGCUGUAGGUUUUGGUAAUGGUUUUAAUGGUAGACAUAUUUUUCGUAUAGACGAAGAUAUUUUACUUGGUUCUUGCAACAAAGAUAUUGAUGGAGCUAACUUACCAUUAAAAUUCGCUCCAGAAAGUGGUAAUAUGUUAGGGGGAACAGUUGUCAACAUCACGGGUCCUUGUUUUAAUCGAGAUGAUAGAAUAAGGUGCAAAUUUGAUCUUUCUAAUGAAGUAUUUGGUUACGUCGUUGAUAAAAACAGAGCCAUCUGUGUUCAACCUAUGUUACUUACCGAAGGUUGGGUUAAUUUACAGAUAGCUGUAAAUUCCGAACCGUUCAAAUGGAAAGGAAAAUACUAUGUUGAAUCCCCUGCUAGUGCAACUCAAAAAAUUUUCUUUAAGGAUAUGAAGUAUCACGAAAAAUCGCCUAGUGAAAUAAGAAUUACGUGGGAAAAGCAAAAUUUGACGACGUCCGAAAACGCGAACGUUAGAAUUUCUCUAUGGGGCUAUAGAGAAACAACCAUGAGACCAACUUUUCUUUAUAUCACAGACAUCACAGAUAGCAUUCAAAAUACUGGUGAAUUCACUAUAGUUCCUUCGCAAUACAGAAAUAAGAUCAAUCCUUAUUUGAAUGAUAUCAAAUUUGGAUUUUUACAAAUAAAUUUGACAGACUCGAUAUCAGUUAAUACUUAUACUACAGAACAAGCAUCAGUAGAAAUAGUACCUGUAAUAUGGAGUAGACCGAUACCUCUAGGCUGGUACUUCCAGUUCCAAUGGGAAACCUUGUAUGGUAAAAACUGGCCGAAAUAUCUCUGCGACGAUUGGAUAAGAACCGAUAGAUACCUCAAAAAUUUCGCUCACGAACUAGCUCAAUGUCCCUGUACGGUGGAACAAGCAUUAGCAGAUAAAGGGAGAUUUUUACCAGAUUACGAUUGUGAUAAAGAUUCAAAUCCGAUUUGUUAUUAUAAUAAUCAAGCCCUUCAUUGCGUCAGAACCGGAUCACCAACUUUAGAAGGUUCCGAACAACAAUGUUGUUACGACAAAAACGGCUACUUGAUGUUAUCUUACGAUCAACAAUGGGGUUCCAGUCCGAGACGAUGCCACAACCUCGGUAACCUCCCUUACAAUGAAGCUACGAAAGUACCAACUCUAUCACAGUGGUUCAACGAUAUAGUGCCGAAGUACCUAUGCUGCAUUUGGCAAGAAGAACAAGCAGUAGGUUGUGAAACUUUAAGAUUCGAAAGAAGACCUUCUCAAGAUUGCGUAGCUUACCAAGCGCCGGGAAUUGCUGGUGUUUACGGUGACCCGCACAUCGUUACUUUCGAUGAUGUUGAAUAUACUUUUAACGGUAAAGGAGAAUUCGCUCUCGUUAAAUCGGUUAAGAAAUCGGAUAACUUCGAGGUCCAAGGAAGGUUCGAACAAAUGGAUCCUAAUCGUUUAGGAGAAGUCAAAGCUACGCAACUAACGUCCAUUGUAGCUAAAGGUAAUAAUACCAUAUCUGUUGAAGUUAGAAGGAGACCACUUGAUGCUAGAUGGAGGUAUAGACUAGACGUUAUAGCUGAUAAUAGGAGAUUAUAUUUUGAUAGACCAUCUUUGAAAUUUCAACAUUUUCAAGGAGUCACAAUAUACACGCCAACUUAUAUUUUGAAUCAAUCUGAAGUUUUGAUCAUGUUUGAUAAUGGUGCCGGUGUUGAAGUUGUGGAUAACCAAGGAUACAUGAGUGCUAGAGUAUUUUUGCCAUGGACGUUCAUUAAUAAAACAAUCGGUUUAUUCGGAAAUUGGAGUUUCGAUAAAGAAGACGAUUUCACACUCCCAGAUGGUUCGAAAGCAGCGAUAGUUAGUAACAUCAAUGACAUGGAAAGGGUGUACAACGAUUUUGGAAUUAAAUGGAUGUUGGACGAUGUACUAGACCCAGUAAAAGGCAGAUCAUUAUUCCAUAGAGAAUUUGGAAAAACUGCUUCUGAUUACAACGACAAAUACUUCAAACCGCAAUUUUUGAUGUUACCCGAAGACAUAUUACCGUCGAAUUAUUCCGUCGAAAGGAAUCGAACGUACGAAUUGUGCCCAACGAAGAUGUACGAAUGUUACUACGAUUACGCCAUGACGUUAAACCGCGACCAAGCCCAUUAUACGCAAAAUUAUAAAUCGACUAUAUACAAAUAUAAAGAAACGGCAAGAACCAAAAUUACAUCCUGUGGAGUUCUAGAAACUCCAAGAUUUGGUAGAAAAAGUACCUUCUUGUUUGUACCUGGUACUAAAGUGACUUACGAAUGUAUACAAGAUUUCGUAUUAGUCGGAGAUCCUAGAAGAGAAUGUCGAGCUGAUGGUACUUGGAACAUUCCAGAAUAUGGUUACACCUACUGCUUACGUCAACAAGAAUAUUCACAACGUCAAGCUGGUAUAACUUCUGGUAUAACUUUGGCAAUUUUUAUACCUAUACUUUUAUUAUUCGUCUACAUGGCAUAUCUAUUUCUACGUAAAAAGCAGAAACAGCGAGAAGAAGAACAACUACAAGAGAAGAGUUAUUUAGAACAACAGAGGAAAGCUCAAGAAGCAGCUACAAGAAAACUGACAGAAGCAGAAUAUAAUUCUGAAGAUGAGGAUAAUAACAGCAACAUUACAAGUUCGGGAGUAAAGGAAACAACCGUAUAUUAAACAUCUUGUGAAUUUUUUUUCACAUAGAGGCAGUUCUUGGAAAAAUAAUUGCCCGAAUUCGAAUCCCAAAUUGUUUAUGUUUAAAUUUUUGUAAUACUUUGUGGUUUUAAUGUGUUGGAUCAAGACGGAAGUUUAUUUUACACGUAGUGAAUGUAUGUUUGUUUAUACUUAUAGUGCCUUAAAUCGUAGAUUUUUUAUUCAUAUUUACCUUUAAGCUCUAAUUAAAUAUGUUUCUCAAUUUCUUCAUAUUCAAAAGAUUUUAAUGUUUCUACUGUAGAAAUUAGUUUACUUACCUCAUCAUUGCUUUAAAAAAAUGUUCAUUACCAAGUGAGGGAGAACAAGAUUGAAAUAAAUUUAGCUAAUUUAUGACAGUAACCUACCUGUUACCUAUUUUUUUAUAUAAUUUUGGAUAUAACAAGGUAAUUAAGAUGAAAAAAUUGGAAACAUGUAUUUACUAGAAUUUCAUCUUUACCUAUUUUGUUUAAAUUGAAUAUUUAAACAGUUUCCUUGAGAAAAAAAAUAUAUUUUAAUGGGCUAAAUACACUGAUUUCCUAAUCUCAUUCACAUACUGUAUAAUAUCACACUAAUAAUAUCUUUUAUGUACCAAGAAGCAUUUUAUUCUAAAUUUUCUGUAUCCCUACCGAUUUUGAGACAUUCCUGGCAGUAAUUGUAAACCUGUAACUCAUAUUUCAAUUUCGCUCUCAUCUUAAGAGUCUUCGAUUUAUAUUUUUAUUACAUUCCUGUAGAAUCUAUUUUUGUUUUCCAAGUUGGGCGAAACUCUGGAGGUUGUCAAUUGAAAUAUUUUUACUAUAAUGCUGUUCAAACAUGUUUCUUAAUCUAAAUUUCAUUUGUAUUGUUAUAUUUAACACUAGAUUGCCUAAUAACCAUUUUGACUGAUUUUCAACUUCCCUGCUCCUUUCCAUCUUUGUGGAAAGUCUGGAUCAUGAAUUAUGUUCCAAACGGAAACAACUGUCUUAAGUUAUAUUUUUUACCAUUUGGUUCACUACAGUCAACCGUGUCAUGUUCCAAACCCAAAAGUUUCUUUUUGCCAAUUGGUUCAUUUCAGCCGAUAGUGUUAUGUUCUAAAUUGCAUUAAAUGCCAAAAAUUUGUUUUUACGUAUCGAUUCAUUAUGUUUGAUAAUAUCGUGUUCCAAAAUGGUUAAAACUUGAAAUUCAGUUGAUUACAAUCGAAAUUAUGUUCCAAACGUCAUGAACUAUCUCAAGUUGUAUUUUUUACCAUUUGGCUCAUAACAGUUGGUAGUGUUAUGUUACAAAUUGAAUUAAAUGUCUGAUUGUGUAAUGAUUUUUUUCGAUACUUUUUUUAUUUCUAUAUUUUUCAUUUAUUUUAUGUUUAAAUGUUGUAUUGAUAGUCUAAUAAAGUUAUGAAUAAGUAA